AUGGAUCUGUGGGCGACUUUGCCUUGUCCUUCCAUCCUGCACGGGAAUGGUCUAUUGAACGUUGCUGCCGCCCAACCCCUACUAGAGCAAUUUGCUCGCUACAUAAUGGGGAUGGCUCUGGAUUGUGCUCUCUUUGGCCCCUGUGAUGUGGAAGAUCGACAGGCUAUCAGGCAACACUGUCAAGUUGGUGCAUGGUUGGAACGUGCUCGGCAAUGCUACCCGCCAGCACUGGGGUAUCAUGGUACGCCGGAUCACUUUGCGUACCUAUCUGUUCUCUGUCCUCCGGAGGAUGGGUGGCCUUGGCCAGAAUUUUCUACUUGGCUUUCUGAUUUGCCUUUCGACACGCUACCUGAUAGGUAUCAGCGAUUUGAACCAAAAGAGAUCCCUGUAAAAGCUCGAGCAGUCUUUGUUCCAGCCAUUCUUGUGGAAAAAGAGGACCCUGAUAGCGAUUUGGAUGCUUACGCAAAUGUGUUUGCCACGACUGCAACAACAGUUACGGCUACACCUAACAUCGCUACAGUCCCAGCUCCAGCUCCAAAUGUUGUUACUCCAAGUCCACCGAAAGAAGCUCCACUUCCACCGGUGCGGCAAUUGGCCUCCCCACCUUCCGUUCCACAAGACGUCCUUGAUGCCAUGCAAAAAGUGAGCGCUUUCCAAGAACAAAUUGUUCAUGGUACAUCUGCGGGCACACCUACUAAUCCAGUUGACUUGGUUGCUGGUGAUGUGGAGGAGUAUGACAUUCGCCCAAAUGACUUGGCAACUAGGUUUGCUUCUUCGGCGAAUGAUUCUUUUACUGCAGCAGUCAUGCAAGCUGGCAAUAUUGCUGAUCGACGUCGCUCUAGUUUGGCACAAGGAAAAUUUGGGGCUGGUCCACGAAUGGGUUCGCUGGGCCUUGCUCCAAUGCAGAACGACAUGUUCAACCUGCAGACACUGGCGGCAGCGCUUGGAGUGCGACAGUCUUGUUUUGUUUCAGCUGAUAAAGCGUCUCUUGCAAGUGUGCAGGCACGUCGGACCUGCAGCCCUUAUUUCCUAAAUGUUGCUCUGAUUCUUGCAAGUUUCUUUCCCCAAGAGGAGCAACCCUAUCUGUGUCUGUCUGAUGAUCGUGUGGUGGCUGCGACUGAUUGGAUGAAAGUUCCGGAACCAACGCAACUCGCCCGUGAUCUCAUUGCGGUAUGGGACCAUGGCCACAAGGAGGCAACGUCAGGUGUCACACGAACAUUGCAUUAUGCACUUCGUUUUCGUGCGGAUAUUGCUACAGAUUUUCAACAGAUCCCGCUUCCAUAUGAAGCUGAAUUUGACCUGCUAAAUUUUGCAAUGCAUAAAUCGAUCUGUGAUGUGGCAAGAUGGAAGAUGGGUCGGAAAGUACCACCACCCCCUGUCGGUGGUCCAUCUUGGCACAUCUUUCAAUUGCUACCCAAGAAGACGCAACAAUGGAUCAGAUUUAUGGGGGGAAUACGACGAUUCCGUAUUUCGGGCAUCUUUGUUUGGCCAAAAUCUGCUACAUUUGCGCAAACUCCCUCAGCACACCGCCGUCGUUCGCUUAUGGAGAUGCCGUUCUCGCCAAUGCACUCUCCAGUGGAUGGAAGAUCUAUGUGCUUUGUUUGGGGAGGUUACUGCAAUGAUGUGGUGGCUGGCGCUUUUGUGGUGGCUCCAACUAUGGUGGGACGCCACGAAUUCACCAAAAAACCUCUUUGCUAUUUGGACAAGUUCCAGCUGCUUUAUGAACGCGUGGAGAGGAAGUGGGAUCCUGCUGAGUUGGAUGUGAACGGCCAUACUUUGAAGGGUCUUGCUCGUGUGACAACGGAACAGGGAUUUGUCAGUCCGGCGGCUUUGCGAAAUCUAAAGGCGUGGGACGGGAUCGUCUGCAUGUUGAUCUCGCCAAUCCUUGAUGGCAUGCACCAGCUUAUGCUGAAGCAAACUGGGCCCCAGUGGUGCACAACUUCUGGAAAAAGAAUCUCUCACGGCGACAUGCAUUCCAAUUCCAUUGGAUUGUCGUGUGAAGAGGAUGUUUCGACAAAGGUUCCCAUCAAAACGGACUCGGAAUUUGACGAAAAGGAGGCAGAAGAAGGAGAGACGGAGGCGGCAAGUCCCUUGGCGGAUGGACUGGUCAUUGGUGGUAGACGGCGUUAG